AUGGAACAAUUUCUCAAUGAAGGUGCCAUCAUCUGUGUUUCUCUUUCUGCAGAAAUUACCGACCUGAUGGUGAAUCAAACCCCAGCCAGUGUCAGUGAUUUAGAAGGCUCAGAACUUACCAUGAAUUGUACAUUCAAGACAGUCAAUAACCACAGCCCCAUGUAUGUGCGAUGGUAUAACUAUGGGACCGAGGGACUAAAGCAAGAGCUGGUGAAUGAGAGCGAGGUGAUCACAACGCUGCAUUUGGACAAUGGGUUUGCCUCUCUCACGUUGAGGAAUGUGAAUUCAUCUAAUACAGGAACCUAUGUGUGUGAGGUGGGGAUCACAGCAAGGAACCUCUCUGGGAAUGGAACAGGAACCCAAGUGACCAUCGAGAAACUUCCCAAGCUGAUGGUGAAUCAGACCCCAGCCGAUAUCCAUGCGUCAGAAGGGUCAGUUCUCACCAUGGAGUGUAGAUUCACGGUAUUGAAAAACCACAGGACCUUGUAUGUGAAAUGGUAUAAAAAUAAUGGAACUGGGGGGACGAAGAAGGAGCUGAUGAGCGAAAGAGGCGGGGGCUCAGCAGCCCUGGAUUUGGAAAAGGGUUUUGCUUCGUUCACUCUGAAGAACGUGAAUGUAACCGAUACAGGAACCUACGUGUGUGAAGUGGGGAGCACAGCUAGGAACUGGUCUGCGUCUGGAGCCGGAACCCAAGUGACCAUCACUCCACAUGACCAAAAGCUGAUGAGCUCUUACAUUGUUCCUGGGGCUGUGGCUGGGACACUUCUCUUCUUGCUGGUGCUCGGUAUCCUUUUGUGGAGAUGCAGACAGUGCUCCAAAGAACCACUUCAAAGCAGGUCAGAGGCAGAGAUAAAUCAGCUGGAGAUGUCUUCUCCUCCACCAGCUGAUGAGGUGACUUACGUUGACUUGAACUUCCACAAAAGGGACGCAAAAGCGGAGGAAGAGGUUGUUUACACGGAAGUGAAGAUACGGCCAAAACAGAGAGAUGACAAUGACAUCUACGCAAAAGUCAAAUCUCGUCAGCGCUAGGGGAAGAGUUAGUGGGAAUUAACAAAGGGGUGACCAGCAUUUCACAUGUCCAUUAAAUGCAAGUCUCCAUGAAAAAAUCAAUUAGCUGUUAGUGAAAGAUGUCCUUGGAGAUCAAAGUCCUCUAGUUAUGAACAGAACAGGUAGCAGUGCAAGAUUUCCUCGUUUCCUGCUCCAUCAACAUGUCUCAACUCUGGUCUGGAGAGACCAAUUCUGAGGGCAAACGGAGAGUUCUGCUAACCCAGCUACUCUUGGUCUAUGAGCUGCAAUUGCAGCCAGGAAACAGGUUGUGCUGUGGACAGUGGUUCACUAGGAACUGAGUCGAGCCCAGAAAUUCAUUUAAUUUUUAGUUGCUAUUUACCAGCACUGUAUUUGAACAGCAACCAAGAGCCAAGCCCUUGAGCCACCCAAGUAUGGAAAAUGUUCCCAUCUUGUUGUGGGAAGCGCUGUCCUCCACUGAAGAUGCCAACUGUGCUGAACGAGGAAGGAAAAGCCUCCGAAGAGCCAUGCUCCCUACCCUGGAGGAUGUACAAUAAUGCUGAUAAGGCUCAAGAGCAAUUUCUCAUACUUUCAUGAAUGAGACUGACAUGAUUGUUUAAUCUUUCUAAGCACAAAGCAGGCUUCUCUGUUGAGAGGGAAUUAAGCUUCCCUGGAUUCCACCCACUUAAGAGCCAAACAACAACAAUAUGAAUUGCUUCGCCAGCAGAUUUUAAAAAUUAACUAAAGCUUUUACAGCCGGUUUAGCCCAGGAUUAAGCAUGUACAAUUGCACUGAUUUAAAUGGAGUUGUACCUACUUACGCCAGGAAUGGAUUUGUCCCCUUGUGUUUGUGAGAAUUUACUGUAAAUUUUAAAAGGAAAUGUGUAAUUUUAAAAAAAAGCCAUCAUUUCUAGUGGUUCAAGUAGAUUGUGCUUUCAGAUAAUUAAUAAUAAUAAUAAUAAUAAUAAUUUUAGAUAAACCCUCAGAAAAAAUAACCCAAAGGGGCUGUUGGGCUCCCCAAAAUGGAGAGACCUCAAAAAAUCAAUAGGAGUUCCUUUGAAAGUCUCCCCAUAACACAUUGAUUUUUAUGACUACUGCAGAUGCAUGAGAUAUAACCUGUGCAGACCAUAACUCAUGGAUUUCCAUAACGAUACAACCAGAAGAGACAACACAGCAGCCAUGUGAACACCUGCAAAAUGUUCUGCUGAUUAUUAAUACCUGCAUGCAUUCAUUAUUAACUAAUACAUGACAUCAGCCAUUUUCAAGACUGAACUCCCAAAAGAAAAGGCAGCUAUCGAAUUGCACUGUGGUUGCACCAAUACUGGGUUUGGUCCCCUUAUGUGGGGUAGGUCUUCAGUCACAUCAGUUUCAUGAAUGCAAAUGAUGGGUUAUUCAGUGGUAACUGUUGUUCAUUGGGUAUAUCGCCUCUGCAGAUCCACCCAGGGCAAAUCUGCAGAGGCAGUCCUUCCAGAAGAAGAAUUGGGUGACUAAAUACCCACCAUGAACACCACAUAUGCUGGGUGGAGACCAAAUUCAAGCCUGGCUGAAGUCAUGAAGGUUUCAACCAUUUACACCAAGACUGUACAUGUGCCUUAUGAUAUAGAUAAGACUGGCCAUGCUGGGUCAGAUCAAUGGUUCAUCUAGCCCAGUAUCCUGUCUUUGACCAAUGCCAGACGCUUCAGAGGGAAUGAACAGUACAGAGCAAUUUCAAGUGAUCCAUCCCCUGUUGUCUAGUCCCCCCUUAUGACAGUUGGAGGUUGAGAGACACCACACUGAAUGACACAGCUGUGGACAAAAUAUACAGCAGUUGGCCUAAACACUACAGCUUGCAGCAGAAUUACUGCUAGUGGUUUAGGCCAUCACUAUACAGUGCUGCAUAUACUUCUUACCACACCAAAUACUUCCACUUAAGGGCGUCUUAAAAUGCCUCAAAUGCCACAAGAUUGGAAAUAGCCAACUUUGGUUAUUGACAGGACAGUGCCUUAUUAUUAUUUUUGCCAUUAGCAAAAGCCAGAUCCUCCCCAGCAAAAGCUACUGCUGCUUGCUGUGGGAAAGUGAAGUUUAUGAGUCACCAUGAAAAGGGGAAGUAAAGUCAAAGGGUAAAUCCUUGCUGCUGCUGUGCCAGGGUUUUUUUUGUGUGUAACUGAACCUAUAUCUGUAUCAGCCUAUCUGAAGAGGGAGAGUUUGGCAGGAAAUCAGCAGUUCGUCAACGUUGAUGAAAACCACUAAUUACCAAAUAUAUAUAUAUAUUCUUUU